UUAAUUAACUGUAUAGCAAUAAUGGUUUCAACACAUUCAUUACAAGUUGGGCUACAACUUUUACAAAAAUGUUCCUAACUUUCUUAUAUUUAUAGACAACAGAAUAUGACGGAUGAGGAAUUUCAAGAGUCUCUUGAGAAUUAUUACAAUGAGUUAAAGCAACUUUCGUCUAGCCUUAAUGUUCCUUUCAAUUUGACGAUUUUCAGAAAUCUUAUCCUCAAUAACUUAUCGGAAUACUGUUUAAAUUUGAAAACAAAGUUACAGGACAUAGGAGUAAAAUGCAACAAACUUACGUCUCAUUUGUAUGAGCUUGAUAGGUGUCUAGGGAGAAAACAACAUAUUGAAAAUGAAUUACCCUUAGAAACGCAUUACCAGCAUUUACUUUCUUUACAAGAAAAAAGCCAAAGGGAAUAUGACUCUAGACUUCAGCUAGUAAAAGAAAUUCAAAGCAAAGUACUGUACCAGUUGUUUUGUCUUGGCGAAAAUUCUGAAGGAUUAUUCUUGGAGAAUUCCCCUUUUGUAGACGUUUCUGACUCAAAGAUUGAACAGCUAAAUCAUUUGAAAGAGAGUAUUGAAAAAAAAUAUCAAUCACGAAAAGAAAUUUUAUUAAACAAGAGAAAGGAGAUUUUACCUUUGGAAAAGCACCUCUCGACCAAAAUCGAGAUAAAUACCAAUAAUUUGUCGACGGGCUAUCUGGAAAGAAUAAAGGAAUACAAGGAAAAAUUAGACUGCUUAGUUCAAAAAAAAGAAAAUUAUUCAUCUCGAUCGAGUGUUCAUUCUGAUUUGAGUCCUAAGGUGAACUCCCCAAGUGCUUAUACAAGUCCCAGUAGACGAGUUAAUGGAAACAAAGAAAAAGAGCCUUCAAGUAACUCUGUAUCGAUAAAGCAUCGUAAGGAGUAUGAAUCAUUAUUGAAGCGCUAUUUGCUUCUUGCGAAGUCGCUAUUUAUAUCAAAGAAAGACUUGUUAUUUAAGGAAAUCAUUGAAAAUCUGAAAAAGGAUGACAUUUUGGAAAUUUUGCAUAAACUCAAACAGGAAAUUCACAACAUGGAAGUAGAAACUCAUCUUCGAGGUGAAAUCAAUGCAUUGAUUCGAAAAUAUUUAGCUUUGGAGGCUAGAUUAUAUAAAGAAUCGCAGACCGUUAAAGGUUCAUCAAGUCCAUCCUCGAAACCUUUUACCUUGAAGAGACUAAAAAAAGAUUUUCAACUCACACGUGCAAAUUUAAUUUAUUCUUUAAGAAAUUGGGAAGAAGAAAACGAAAGAAAAAUCAUAGUUUUUGGGAAACCUUUGUCUGAUAGACUACAGUUUUAUUCAUACCCUUUACAGCGUUCGUCUAGUAAAAAACUUAAUGUUCCAACUAAUGAUCAACGUCCAAUCUCUACUCAAACUAAUGGAUCCCAGCCAGAAAUGAAAACGGAUGAUGUUCAUGAUAAUGAUACAAUAGGCCCAACCUAUCCUAACAGAAAUGCAUCUGAAUCAGAAAUUGGAUCUGUUAAAGAUUCUGUCUCUCCUUUUAAGAGACAAGGUACGGAAAACUCUGUUUCAAGAGUAAGUCAUCGAAAUGCGUCGCCAUUAAUUCGUUCAUCCAGCAAAACCGAUGUGAAUAAUGCGAAUGUCGAAAGUCUUGAAAGCCAGGUUGAAGCUCAAUAUAAUCACUUCAUGUCUGUCAACAAUAUCAAUAAUCAAUCGUCUAUGCCCUCACCCUCAAGGUCUCUGCGAGAAAUGAUUCAACCAUAUAUCCCUCCAAAAGGAAGUCCCACUGCAUUAGAAAAUCUUGCAGGCUCUCAUACACAAGAAAAUCAUCUUUUAAUGUCAUGCACCAAGGAUGACAAUAACAACUCCUACCUUGGAAAGAUGAGCAGUCAUGAAGAAGAGCGCCUAUGUAAACGGCUAGAUUCUUUUUCAUUCUCAAAAGACAUGAUUUCUAAAAAGCUGAGGAAUAACAUUCAUGGAUUGCACUUUUCCACCCCGACUCAGGGUGAUCCAAAUGGUCCUAAGGAUUGACUGAGACUAUACUUAGGAAGUUUGUUAUAUUGUCUCGUACUUUAAAGUAUUUGGGGUAUGUACUUGUCAGACUUAUCUCUAAUUAAUUAAUGUUCUCAUAAUGAUUCCUUUUUUUUCUUUUUUGUUCCCUUCACCUUUAAAACAUAGGUUCAGAAAAGGUCUAAUAUUCAUUUCUAAAAUCAUAAUUCUUUUUAUAAUUGCUAUUUUCAAUAAUAUACGCCCUAC